AUGCGUAAACCGUCCGUGGGUCAAAUCGUGUAUAACGCCACGUUUCCACGACCUCGUCCAAACGACCCAGGGUCGUUUGGUGCUCACAUUACCCGAAACCUCGUCCCAGAAGUACGUGUCGAAACAUCCCUCUUCUACGGCUCGCUAGACUGCAUCGAAGCACAAUACCCGGGGCUGGACUACUCGUAUGGACCGCAUCGCAUGCGACUGGGUCGUUUCCCUUGGCACCGAAAGCUAUUUCAAACUUUUGACCAACUUGGUCUGACAGAGGAGGAGAUCUCCAAUCUGUGUCGAUGGGAAGGGACCAAGUCCGCGCGUCAGCGGUACGAGGCAGAAGAAGGCAUCACUGUACAGGACACUACAGCCCACUCGGUCCGACCGGCAUCUCCUCAACCCGCCCCGUCAAUCGAGAUCCACUUCAUUGACUGCGACUUCUGCGGGACAGAAGAGGAAGAUGACCAGAUCAUCGAGACUCAAAGCAAUGACACGGUCCGUGCGAUCGAUUCCCGAGCCUCCAGUUACCGGUCCGCCGAGGAGCACGAAAUCGAAGAGGAACUAAGCGACGAGGAAAUGGAAAGUUGUGGCGUAGCCCUCAACAACCGAAUCCUUGCUGCGAUGGCCGCUCGCGACCAAGGCACUGAUGUGCCGCUGGAUGAAGACUGGGAACAAUGGCUGAAGGAGGCUGGAGAACGUGGCAGUUUCGGUGAGAUGGUGCAUGCUAUUCGCGCGAACCAGCCCUUGACUCUUGUCGCCGACAAUGUCCGAAUCCCACGCGGUCGCGGUGCGGCUCGUGUGGUGACAAGGGCGGCCUUGUUCACAGUGCCAGACAGCAUUAUCGCAACAAACACUGCACUUCCAUCUACAUCCAACCAUGCCUCCGGCACGGCUCAAUGA